GGGUGCCUGCUGCCCCCCAUUGGUGCCCGGUGCCCCCCCCGGGUGCCCGCUGUCCCCCCGGGAGCCCGGUGUCCCCCGGGAGCCCGGUGUGACGGCGUGCCGCGCAGCGUGGACCGGAAGGGGCAGUACCACUACCUGGUGAAGUGGCGCGACCUGCCCUACGACCAGGCCACCUGGGAGGAGGACGAGAUGCCCAUCCCCGACUACGACCUCCACAAGCUGGCCUACUGGAAGCACCGGGAGGUGUUCAUGGGGGAGGACCCGGCGCAGCCCCGGCGCUACAAGAAGAAGAAGAAGGAGACGCCGGGGGAGGGCCCCCCCGACUCCCCCACCAACGACCCGACGGUGAAGUACGAGUCGCAGCCGCGCUUCAUCUCGGCCACCGGCGGCACGCUGCACCUCUACCAGCUGGAGGGCCUCAACUGGCUGCGCUUCUCCUGGGCGCAGAGCACCGACACCAUCCUGGCCGACGAGAUGGGGCUGGGCAAGACCAUCCAGACCAUCGUCUUCCUCUACUCGCUCUACAAGGAGGGCCACACCAAGGGCCCGUUCCUCGUCAGCGCCCCGCUCUCCACCAUCAUCAACUGGGAGCGCGAGUUCCAGAUGUGGGCGCCCGCCUUCUACGUCGUCACCUACACCGGGGACAAGGACAGCCGCGCCAUCAUCCGCGAGAACGAGUUCUCCUUCGACGACAACGCCAUGAAGGGCGGCAAGAAGGCCUUCAAGAUGAAGGUGAGGGGCAGGGGGGGCACGGGGGACGGGUCCUCGGGGUGA